ACACCACACAUAACAUGAUUCUCGUAUUCUUCGCAAAUGACAACGUUGGCAAACUCAUAAUCACACAUGAAACUGCUGUCACGUUAAACUAACAACAUAACAUUCCUUUUAAGAUCGACAAAAAUGCAUUUCUCCCUCCCUCACCCUCUCCCUCCUGACAUUUCAAAUAAAUAAAUAUCAAACACCUUGCCGCCACCACCGGUUUUCUGACCCACCGGCGAAUGGGUCAGCAUAGCCGCCGGGAGUCCUACCCUUCUGUGUUAUCCUCACGUCUCGAUUUCCACCAACGCCGUCUCGAAACUAUCGCCGGAGAAGACCUUCAAUGGCCGUUCGAAAAGUUGGAAGGUCUGAGCGCCGACGAUGUGAGGGAAACAGCCUACGAGAUCUUCUUUACGUCUUGCCGAUCAUCGCCGGGAUUCGGUGGACGUCACGCGCUGACAUUUUACUCAAAUCAUGAGAACAAUGGAGGCGGAGGCGGUGAUGGAGGAAAGUCGAACCAGGUGGUGACGAAGCCAACGAGUAGGGUGAAGAGGACGUUGGGUUUGAAGCUUGUUAAGAGGUCGCCUUCGAGGAGAAUGGUGGGUGGCGGUGUAUCUUCAACACCGUCGUCUCCGGUGGGUGGAGCUGUAAGUCCUUUGUCGAACACGGUGCCUCCAUUUAGACCGCGCCGCCCCAUGACUGCCGCAGAGAUAAUGAGACAGCAGAUGAGGGUAACGGAACAUGAUGAUAAUAAGUUGCGCAAAACUCUCUUGAGAACCCUCGUUGGUCAAAUGGGAAGGCGAGCAGAAACAAUAAUUCUACCCUUGGAAUUGCUUCGACACCUUAAGCCAUCAGAAUUCAGUGAUUCACAAGAGUACCAUAUGUGGCAAAAGAGACAACUCAAAAUCCUUGAAGCUGGACUACUCCUAAACCCUUCACUCCCUUUAGAAAACAACAACACAUUUGCCUCACGCCUCAGAGACAUUAUACAUAGUAGUGACUCCAAACCAAUAGACAUUGGUAAAAAUUCAGAUACAAUGAGAACCCUUUGUAACUCUGUUGUUUCCUUGACAUGGAGAAGUCACAAUGGCACUCCAACUGAUGUUUGUCAUUGGGCUGAUGGUUUCCCUUUCAAUCUCCAUCUCUAUACUUCUCUUCUUCACUCCAUUUUCGAUAUCAGGGACGAAACACAAGUCCUUGAUGAAGUUGAUGAGCUUCUUGAACUAAUCAAGAAAACAUGGUCUACAUUGGGUAUCACAUUGCCUAUUCACAAUAUAUGUUUCACUUGGGUUUUGUUUCAACAGUAUGUAGCUACUGGACAGAUGGAACCUGACCUUCUUUCUGCAUCUCAUGCUAUGUUGACUGAGGUUGCAAAUGAUGCCAAGAGGGAGAAGGAUUCUCUCUAUGUAAACACUCUUUCUUCUGUGUUGACAUCAAUGCAGACUUGGGCUGAGAAGAGGUUGCUCAAUUACCAUGAAUAUUUCCAAAGAGGGAAUGUUGCUCAGAUUGAAAACCUUGUUCCUGUUGCCUUGUUGGUAUCCAAAAUUUCAGGAGAAGAUCUUACUAUCACUGAUGGAGAAAAGGGUGACAGAGGUGAUAUAACUAUAGUGGAUUCGUCCGACGAUCGGAUUGAUUACUAUAUUCGUUCGUCCAUGAAAAAUGCAUUCGAAAAGGCAUUGGAGGCAGUGAAUGCCAAGUCAGGUGAAUUUGAAAGAAAGAAAGAAUCGAGUGAUGUUCUACUUCAAUUAGCUCAAGAGACAGAAGCUUUGGUGAUGAAGGAAAGACAACAUUUCAGUCCAAUAUUAAGGAAAUGGCAUCCAACAUCAGGUGCAAUUGCAGCACUGAUGUUGCACACAUGCUAUGGACAAGUUUUGAGGCAAUAUGUAAGUGAAGUGAGCUCACUAACAACAGAAUCAGUUCAAGUAUUGCAAAGGUCUAGUAAGCUAGAGAAGCUAAUUGUACAAAUAGUGGUUGAAGACUCUACUGAGUGUGAUGAUGGUGGAAAAACAGUUGUGAGAGAAAUGGUUCCCUUUGAUGUUGAUUCAAUCAUAUUAAGUCUUCUUGGAAGAUGGAUAGAUGAAUCACUCAAUAAAGGCAAAGAAAGUUUGCAAAGGGCAAAAGAGACUGAAACAUGGAAUCCAAAGUCUAAAUCAGAGUGUUAUGCACAAUCUGCUGCUGAGCUAAUGAAAUUGGUUGCAAUCACUGUGGAUGAAUUCUUCCAAGUUCCAAUAGCAAUUACAGAAGAUUUAGUUCAAGAUCUUGUUGAUGGAUUGGAAAACCUUUUCCUAGACUACAUGAAAUUUGUGGCAGCAUGUGGUUCAAAACAAAGUUAUGUUCCAUUACUUCCACCAUUGACAAGAUGCAACGGGGAAUCAAAAUUAAUGAAACUAUGGAAGAAAGCUGUUCCAUGUAGUUCUGGUUUUGAAGAUAUGCAUGGUGUUUACGAAACACGUGAAGGUCAUAAUCCUCAUCCAUCGAAUAGUCGUGGAACGGAACGCCUCUAUGUUCGUCUCAACACCUUGCACUAUCUCCUCACUAACAUUAACUCCCUUGAAAAAUCCAUCUCAAUGAACCCUGGCAUUGUUCCUUCUAACCGCCUCCGGUUCAGGAACAGCCGCAGGGCUCAAAGCAACAACACUUGUUACUUUGAAACUGUUAAUCUUUCAAUCCUAGCAGCAUGCCAACACGUCUCUGAAGUUGCAGCAUAUCGUCUUGUAUUCCUUGAUUCCAGUUCUGUCUUCUACGACAGUCUCUAUCUUGGUGGUGUUACUAGAGGUCAGAUUAGGCCUGUUUUGAGAAUCAUGAAGCAGAAUCUCUCUUUAACGUCAACAAUUCUGACUGGUAGAGCUCAACCAUUGGCUAUGAAGGAAGUAAUGAAGGCUUGUUUUGACACGUUCCUCAUGGUUUUAUUAGCCGGUGGAACCUCGAGGAUGUUCCACAGGCACGACCAUGAGGUGAUUCAAGAGGAAUUUGAGGACUUGAAGAGGGUUUUCUGCACAUGUGUGGAAGGUUUGAUUGCAGAAAAUGUUGUGGAUGCAGAGGCUGCAGUUGUGGAAGGAGUGAUUGCAUUGAUGGGACAAAGUACUGAACAAUUGGUGGAAGAUUUUAGUAUUGUGACAUGUGAAUCAAGUGGGAUAGGUGUGAUGGGAAAUGGACAAAAAUUGCCAAUGCCUCCUACUACUUGCAAGUGGAAUAGAGCAGAUCCUAAUACAAUAUUGAGGGUAUUGUGCUAUAGAAAUGAUAGGGCUGCAAAUCACUUCUUGAAGAGAACAUUCCAAUUGGCUAAAAGGACGUGAUAUAAUAAUAAUUGUCAGGGGAAUUUUGUUGUAUGAUUCUUAUCUUCUGGCAAAGAGAAGGAGUGGACAGACCUUGUGCUACUUUGGGGGUGGUAAACGGUUGUUUCUAUAUUCAUUCAUUAUUUUUAUGGUCAUGGGAGGUGAAACCACCUAGGUGUAUAGGGAGGGAGAGGGAGGGAGCACAUUUGUAUUUGAAAAUGAAUGACAUAACUUCUUGAAUGGGGAGUAGAAAGAAAAAACAGAACAAAGCAAUGUUUUUUUUUCAUCAUUUGGAUUUGUAUAUACUACAGAUAUAAAAUAUGAUGUUACAAGCAUGCUCAUACCAAUGUCAAAACGAGUAGGAAUAUUCAACAAGACAAUGGUUAUUGUACAAAUAUUUCAAUACAAAUGUUCCAAUAAUUAAUGUAGAAACAUAUUGAUGGAAGAA